AUGGUUGUCCCCUUCUUUAAUGCUUGGGCGGUGCCGAAGGCUCAAACCUGCCCUCAUUGCGCAAAAGAGCUGCCCGCUCAAGAAAAUGCGAUAAAUGGAUGGCUGGCUACGAGCCAGCGGCCGUAUUCCAACCGUCAAUGGGCGUGUUCGUAUUUUGGGUUCAUGAUUCUUGUUGCGAGCUUUUGGAUGUUCUACGCACUCGUCAUCCUUGCCGCUUUUUCACCGCCCGGCGCUACCGUAUACUCCAAUGGU